ACGCUCUGCCAAGCACCCCGAAGUCAAAAAACUAGAAUCACCCGCAAGACUAAACAUUCCGUGGCAAAUCGGCAAAUAGUUUUGUUAAUGUUUUCGUUAGUUUUCCGAAAAUGUGCUGCUGUUAAUCUGACCUAAUUUAUCGGUAAUUAUUUGUAGUAUGUUGUGUAAAGUCUGUCGUUAAAAGUACAAGCAUUUAGAAAGAAAAAAAAAUAGAAUUGUUUUGUUAAACCACUGAUAACGAUGUGGAAGUCAACGGCAGGUCGCGAUAUCGACGUUAACACUUUGGCCCCGGCCGAAGACGAUGAUUGGGAGACGGAUCCUGAUUUUGUCAAUGAUGUAAAUGAACAAGAGCAACGCUGGGGCUCGAAGACAGUUGAGGGUUCCGGCCGUAGCGCAGGUGCUAUCGACAUGCAGCAGCUACGGGAGGAAACUGAAAAAGCCGACGCGGACAAGAAACAGAGAGAGGGUCCCAAGUCUUCGCACGGUUACGGGGGUAAGUUUGGGGUCGAGAAGGACCGCAUGGAUAAGUCGGCGGUGGGCCAUGAUCAUAUCGAAAAAGUGGAGAAGCAUGCCUCACAAAAAGAUUACUCAACCGGCUUCGGGGGUAAGUUUGGUGUACAAAAAGAUCGUGUGGAUAAAUGUGCAGCCAGCUGGGAGCACAAAGAGAAGGUGGAGAAACACGCCUCACAAAAAGAUUAUUCCACUGGGUUCGGAGGGAAGUUUGGAGUGCAGAAAGAUCGGGUGGAUAAAUCGGCGCUGGGCUGGGAUCAUGUGGAGAAGGUGGACAAGCACGAAUCACAAAAGGAUUACAGCAAGGGCUUCGGGGGAAAGUUCGGGGUUGAAGCCGACCGUCAGGACAAAUCUGCCGUCGGCUGGGAUCACAUUGAGGCGCCGCAAAAGCACGAAAGUCAACUCGAUCACAAAGUGGGUUUCGGAGGUAAAUUUGGCGUACAAACCGAUCGCAAAGACAAGUCCGCCCUUGGCUGGGAUCAUGUCGAAAAGACAACAAUGCAUGAAAGUCAGAUCGAUCACAAGAUUGGUUUCGGUGGCAAAUUUGGAGUGCAGAGCGAUCGAAUGGAUAAGUCAGCGCUUGGUUUCCAGGAGCAAGACAAAAUUGGCACAAAUUAUACUAAGGUCAAACCCGACAUUGGCUCGGCAAAGCCGUCCAAUAUUCGGGCUCGGUUCGAGAAUUUUGCCGCCUCAGCAGAGGAAGAAACCCGCAAAAAGGCUGAAGAACAAAAACGGAUUCGAGAGGAAAAAGAUCGGAAGGAUAAGGAGGAAGCGGCUAAAAGAAAUAAUACCACUGAACCUACAAGCGAGCCUAAAAAACCAGAGCGAAAAGGACCUAUUAAUACUGGUCGCGAGCAAGGCGUAGGAAGCACCAUUAGUAACUUUAAUAAGCAGCCGGAAACUGCUCCAGAAACAAAUAGGAAGGAACAAAUUGUACUACCAAAGGAAGAUACAAAUACCACAACUGUCCAACCGGAUGUAAUACCUACAAAAAUUACGCAAGAUUUGCCAAAUCAGGAAAAACUAGCAGUUCAGACACAAGCGUUUACGCCCAAAGUUCAACCUCCAUUAUCGGAGCCGGAGCCGGAAAAACAACCACAAACGGAACCGGAGCCUACGCAUGCCGCAAUCGACACUGCUACGGAGCAACCUAUAGCAUUACCGCAGCAUGAGGUUGCUCCGGAACACGAAGAGCCUGAGGAAUUCAUACUGUCCGCUGAAAAUCCUGGUGUUCAGGCGAUUGCCCUCUACGACUACCAGGCUGCCGCUGACGAUGAAAUAUCGUUUGAUCCGGAUGAUAGAAUCACGCAUAUCGAAAUGAUCGAUGAAGGCUGGUGGAGAGGAUUGUGCAACAACCAGUACGGGUUGUUUCCUGCCAACUAUGUGCAACUGAUUCAGUAGGUCAGUUCAUAAGCGCUCAACAUUUCGGGGAUUUUUUUUUAAGCCAACUGUUAUUCCAACAAGUAUUAAGUCUCGAGUAACGGAGCUAGUGGAAUAUGCAUUCAACACAUGGUGCCACUUUGGAGUCAGUUUCUUUUUCGUGAAAUAUGUCAAGUUUUUUUAAUGCUGGACAAAGUAUGUCUGCCAAUCUUCCGAGUUUAUUUUCCUUUUUUUUUUGAAUAACAGUAGUAUAUCAAUUCAGGACAAUUAUCAACUGCUAAAUUAAGAGCAAAGUGGAAGCUGAUGAUAGCUCAUUGUUGCAUCUAGCAUUUUAUUUUAUAUGUUUGAAAUAAAAAUUAACAGGUACUAACAAACUACCGACAUCUAGGUAAUAAAACAUAUUUACGUAGGUUA